GCCUGUUGUGUCCAACAACGCUGCUGCUCGGUGGUCAGUGAUUUGAGGUACGCAGAUCAAUGGCGAAAUGCCUGAUAAUGCCUCUGCAUCGGUGAUUCCUGCGCAACUGUCUUUUCUCGCCAUUUACAACCCCCGCCUCGGCCCGACAGACGAAACAAUACAGGAUCAGAUCGUCUUCUAUACGUCGAGAUCAGAUCGUUCACCGCGAAGGGAUAGCUUACAUCCUGAAGAUGGCGUCAAGGAGUCUAAUGACAGUUGGAAUGAUAAGUUGCGUCAGAUAGGGCUGGCCCAGGGGAUAGUGGGCUUCGCUAGGAACUUCUCAGAGGGCAAAGCUGUAGAUUAUGUGGAAACUGAGAAGUCGCAGAUCAUUUUGCAUGAGCUCGAGCAGGAUUGGUGGAUCCUAGCAUCCGUUGACCUGACUCGACUGCCAAUCGAUCCGGCCACCCUGUCCCAACGCGAUGCUUCAGUCACUCCUAGCUUCACAUAUUCUUCAAGGGAGAUGUGCCCUCCGCAGCUCUUGAUACAACAAAUGCGCCGGGCACACUCUAUCUUCCUGCUACACAAUCAGUUCACACUCGACGCUCUCUACGAUCAGGUUGGCAGGUCCACCUUUUGUACUCUUCUCGAAAACUUCUGGUGGCGAUUCGCCUGGAGCUGGGAAAUGCUUCUCAGCGGGAAUCCCAUUGUCGAUAUGUAUGAUGGCAUCAAGCUCUCCGCCGGAGGUGAGCUUGGGAUUGGUGUCGGCGAGGAAGAAUGGGGCAGCGGAGAGAGAGAGGUCUUGGAGGACCUUGUAUCUAGGACUGAUGGGCUCUUGGACUUGAUUGUCUCGCGAUUCGGAGAACCUUGUCCUUCUCUAGAGGGAUCUGCUUCUCGAAGCAAAAGAGGGGCAGACUCCUGGGGCAAGAAUAAUGACGGAAAACCCUGGCUCGGUGCGGAUAUCUCUCCCAAGCCUUCAGAUGGAGUCAUCUUCUCUGGGGUUGGUGCUCUUUCAAGAACCUCAAUCGUGAGAGUUUCUCAGUGGAUGGAAUGGAUUUAUAGAUGCGGCCUGGACGCCUAUGCAGUGAGCGACUAUCUGGCUUGCCCCCGCCGGCGGAGAAAUCGGAAGAAGCAUCGAGACAGGCUUCCAGUUGCGAAAGCGGCCAGCCAUAAAGAUGGAUCUACCGUCUAUCCUUUGGACGAUGCAGCUCUAAAUCGCUCGUUUUCACCCGGCAUACCUCGUCCGCUUGUGCUAGGAACCUCGGACGCUUCACAAUCGCUAGCAGGGGCCGGUGUGAAAACCAACUCUAUCACUAGCAGUGACAGCUCUUCAGUCCGAAGCGACCGCGGGAUCGAUUGGAUGGUGCCCGGAACCGAAACGUUCAUGAAGUAUCUCACAUUGGGGUAUGGUUCAUCUUGGGGACCAUCACCUAGAACAGCUAGCCCACAUCCUCGUGUCGAAGCCUUGAGGCGAGAGGACGAAUCGUCGACUUCGAAUCAGCAUAAGAGAUCACCUACAGAUGCUGAGGGUGCGAUUAAAGGGGACUCUGCCGACUUCGAGGCCAGGGACAAGGUCAAGAACUGUGGCAGAUUCCUUAUUGGAUUCCACGAUGCUUCAAGCACCAGCACCUUGGCGCUUUCUCAGGUGGGCGACGAAGUAAAGAACACGGCCACCGCGGAACUUGGACAUACUAUAGAUCAAAGAACACUGCAUGUUCAAUUGACAGUCCCUUUUGAAGAGGCUGUUCCUCUGGACGAAACUCCCACAGGCUCAGUCAAGUUACGAACAAUUGUCUAUGUACAUCAACCAUUCAUAUGCACUUUCCUCUUCGAUCCUUCAGCACCUGCUCUAUCGCAGCCAUCUUUUUACCACGAACUCCGCAGCCAAAUGAGCAUUCUCCAUAAAUCGCUCUGCAAUUCCACUUCACCAGCCACUGCAGCGAAGCGGAUCGCUGUAUCGGAUAGUGCCCUCGAAGCCACCAGCCGAUUCACAUCCCCGAGCCAAGAAGUCUACAAUCUCGUCUAUGAUUCCACGAACUUAACGGUCCGCUCCUCGAUUCCCAACAUCCCCGACUUGGGGGUUUCUAGCGAAAUGGAAACACAAGAUUCCGCCAUUUCUCAACCAUGGACGAGGGUGGAAAGUCUCAAUAUCCACCACCGACUCCUCAGCACUUAUACAGAAACGCGUUCUCGGCCUUUGGAGGUGGAAAGGACCUGCAAGACCAGUCGCGGCUGGUGGAUCGUUUGGAUGCGGAUGUCUGAUGAUUUCCCAUCUCAGCCAGAACAAGGAAGGGCUUCUGUGGCCGGGACAAGCACAAGCACUCUUGCCGACACCAUCGGCGGCGGCGGCGGUGCUGGAGAAGGUGAAAGUAGUGGAGGUGGUGCGCAACAGGAGGCAUUCCUCAUUCGGCGAUCAAGCGACCACAUCCCCUCAUCAGGGCAUGUCCGCAGCGGUAGCGGCUCCAGAUUCUUUCGAGACUUGGGAGGCGCCUCAUCGCCGGGUCUGCAAGCGGCAAGGGCCGACACAGGGCCCGCAAAACUUGUGGAGGGCUUGGGCCUCGAUGCCCGACGGUAUAUUGGUAAUCUAUUGAGUUUGAAUAAAUAGGUUUAGCGAUGGGCGCCUUCAGUUAUUUUGACGUGGACCCAAGCCUUUACAUUUUUUGUUCCCAUGAGAACCGUACGAUCAAAUACAGGGUCAAGCAUCAACCUUAUCCACCUGCUCUCGAUCCUUAGUCCUUGAAGAACCAGCAAAUCUGGGGCGGACAACCCACAACAGCCAACAGUCCAGCGGCCGAACUUACAUAGAUGCAGGCCAGGAUGCCGAGUCCAAGGCUUAGCCAGACAUGAGCCAUAGUUGCAAUCGUCGAACAGGGUCACUUCGCCGAUGACAAACACGAAUGUACUACAACCACCUCGCCGAUGAAAG